UAACGCCUCUCUCCGACACGACACCGUUUGCUUCAACGCCUCUUCCCCCGGACCCCCUUCUCACCAGACAUCAUCGUUUUUGCACGUCUCUAUAUAUACACACCCAAAUCACCGAUUUACAUCGAUUCUAAUUAGUUCUAUAGAUACAUACGAAUCCAAUUCCGUUGUUUCUAGGGUUCUGGUUUGCUCUGACUUCUCUCCGGCCAGUGCGACCCGUUGGGCGGUGGAAAAUGACGUACAUCGGGCACGACCAGGACGACGAUUGCGUGGUGCCGGAGUUGAAGCUCAGAGUUGGGGGUGACAAUGGGGAUUACAUCAAACUGAGGGAACCGGAGGACUGCGACACCGCCGGAGGUGAUCCACAGCCGCCGUGUUUCGGCGGAGGAUGGUGUCGUUUAUUCCGGUGGGCCAAGAUUGUGGCUCUGUUGAUCCUCGUGGGGGUUUUGGCCGCUGUUUUUCUCAUCUGGGUCGGUCCCUUCUUCGUGGACAAGGAAAUUAUCCCUAUCAUUAACUGGGAGAGAGGUACAUUCAGCACACCAGUUCUAGCUAUUUUAAUCUUUGCUUCUGUGGCAUUAUUCCCUGCUUUGCUGCUUCCAUCUACACCCUCCAUGUGGGUAGCUGGUAUGACUUUUGGCUAUGGGUUUGGAUUUCUGCUAAUCAUUGGUGCGGUAGCUAUUGGCGUAUCUCUUCCAUAUUUAAUCGGUUCACUCUUCUAUCAUAAAAUUCAAGGGUGGUUAAAAAAUUAUCCAACAAAGGCCUCCAUUAUAAGAUUAGCUGGAGAAGGAGAUUCAUUUAACCAGUUUCGAGCUGUCACUUUAAUCAGGAUUUCUCCAUUCCCAUACAUAAUAUACAAUUACUGUGCUGUGGCGACAAAUGUCAAGUAUGGUCCUUACUUGUUGGGAUCAUUGGUUGGAAUGCUGCCAGAAAUUUUUGUUGCAAUCUACACGUUACAUAACCCAUCACUGAUUGACGGAUAGAUAGUGGGUUGUGAUUGCUGGCCCUGUUGAGGCUGCUGAGAUGAUCUGUGAGGCAUGUUUGGGAUUGGACUUAUUCUACUCUUGAUGAAUGUAGCUCCUGCUUCAGCAUAGUUAUCAUUAUUUGGUUACAAAUAGUCCAUGUAACUGGCUGUAGCUUGAUUGUAAGAAACCUUUUGUGAUAUUUCUUUUCUUGUCAAAAUGAAAAUUUCAUAAAACGGUUAAAUCCUGUGCAAAAGAGAAAUAAACACACCUAAGGGGGAUGUCUAUCUGCAUAAGAAAUCAGUCAUAUAAAAACUGCAUAAAGAACUAGCAAAAAAAAAAAACUGCAUAAAGAAGAUAGUGGAAAGGAAGAAACAUGAAAUGUGUCUAGAAUUUUGAACCCUAAGCAAUGCUACCUUUUACAAGCCUCCAAACAAAGGUGGGCGUACAUUGGUGUUUCAUCUGCAACCAUUCCCGGAUUACUAUUCUGAAGUUUGCAGAUCACAUGUACAGAUAACUAUAUCAUUUUAGAACAAUUUGGUUGCCUUCAACUUUUUAUUGUUAUUUUUCUCUGAGACUGAAAAAUUCUGUUUCCUUUUUGUUCUCGAACUCUUUUCUUAGGUUACUAGUGUCUUUCUUUUCUAAUGUACGCCAAUGCUUGUUCUUUCUUCUGUUCGUGUCAAUUGAUAGCUCAGAUGGUUCGUCAUAUCUCUCCAGUGUCUCCCAUCUAAUAAUGCUUUUUUUGU